GGAGCACCCAAGACCUGUUGGUGUGUUAGAACGAAAGACCCUCCCAGAAAGGUGGGACUAACUGCGCUGCUUCCCGUUCUGAUUGGAGAAUUUAGAAUUCCCCGCUUUGUGAUUGGCUGUGCCUUUACGUAGCUUCUUGUGAAUGGCCAGCGGCCGCAGCGCCUAGUUUGAAAGUGCAGUAAGAAACAGUCGGGCAGUCACGAGCGCUGAGGUAGCUGCAGGGAAACGCCCUUAACAUCUACCAACAUGACAAGCAAUGUAAUUUCUCCUGGACUUGGUGUGCUCUCUGAUGAUGAGGAGUCUCCAGUCUUUGAGUCUACAGCUGCAGAGUGUGCGGUGGGCCUUCGUAAAGAUCUUCUCAGUGACUUUUCUUGCAUCUCACCAGGACUAGGACACGCUUCUCUGUUAUCCACUAAUGAAGGCAAUGAUAAAAUGAUGGUAUAUGUUAGGAUAAGACCGUUUGUAGAUGGAGAAGUGGAGAAAAAAGAAGACCAGGGUUGUGUUGUGGUGGAAGAUCAGGAGAACUUGGUCUUGCAAGCGCCUAAAGAUUCUCUUGCAAUGAAGAAUACUGAGCGUGGUCAGGGACAGAGUGUACACAAAUUUACAUUUUCUCAGAUUUUUGGACCAGAUGUUGACCAAAAGCAGUUUUUUGAUGGAACUAUGCGGCAUGUAGUAAAAGAUGCCCUUAAUGGUCAAAACUGGCUGGUGUAUACAUAUGGAGUUACCAACUCAGGCAAAACAUACACUAUACAAGGAACUAACAAGGAUGGCGGUAUUCUUCCUCGUUCCAUAUCCCUCAUCUUCAGUAGUGUUCAUGACCGCCUCUACAAAAGUUCUGACCUUAAACCUCUCUCCAAUGAGGUCAUCUGGUUGGACAGCAAACAAGUGCGUCAAGAGGAGUUGAAGAAAAUGUCAGUGCUCUCUACUUUGCGUGAGGAACAACUUUUCACACCUAUGAAAGGUGGUGGCAACGAAUCUCAGCUUCGAGCAGGCACUAGCAUGAGCUUUGAUAGUGGCAUUGGUGGGCUGUCUUCUACGAGCAAUUAUAACCAAACCAGCAGUCAGUUGGAAGAAACCUCUUCACACUGGGGACCUCAAGAAGCUAUUUCUCUCCAGGACCCUCCUGAUGUGCGGAUAUCCAUAUGGGUGUCAUACUUUGAAAUUUACAAUGAGUUUGUUUAUGAUUUAUUGGAACCAUUGCCGUCUGGGCCAAAUCGCAAGAGAACCACGUUAAAACUGUGCGAGGACAGGAAUGGAAAUCCAUAUGUUAGAGAUCUAAACUGGAUUAAUGUUCAAAGUGCUGAAGAAGCAUGGAAACUGCUGAGGGUUGGCAGGAAAAAUCAGAGUUUUGCAAGUACACACAUAAACCAAAAUUCCAGCCGAAGUCAUAGCAUCUUUUCUAUUCGCAUUCUCCACUUGCAAGGUACUCAUGAUUUCACUCCAAAGAUUAGUGAGCUAACCUUCUGUGAUUUGGCCGGAUCAGAACGAUGCAAAGAUCAGAGAAGUGGGGAUCGUCUGAAGGAAGCAACAAAUAUUAAUACAUCUCUUCAUACUCUGGGCCGCUGCAUUGCCGCACUGAGACAAAACCAGCAAAACAAGCUGAGGCAGAAUAUGGUUCCAUUCAGGGACAGCAAGUUAACCCGUGUCUUUCAAGCAUUCUUCACGGGGAGGGGAAAGUCAUGUAUGAUUGUGAAUAUAAAUCAAUGCGCAUCAACCUAUGAUGAGACCCUACAUGCUAUGAAAUUCUCAGCCAUUGCAAGCCAGCUUGUCCAAGCACCUUCAGUAAAACUGAAUCUUCCAACUAUUCAGUCCCUCAUCAAGGAGAGCAGCAUACUGGCAAACCGCAGUUAUACAGAUGAUGAGGAUGCUGAAGGUGGAUCUGAUGAGGAAGGCAACAGUGAGGCUGAUAUCACAACAUUCAAUAGAGAGGAACUGCUGCAAGUUAUUGAAAAUCUGAAACAACUUCUGAUAAAAAAGAGCCAGGAAAAUCUUGAUUUGGAGGCAAAUGUCAGGAAGGAAGUUUGCAAUGAGAUGAUGGAAAUCAUGCAGCAACAAAAAACGCAGUCUAGUGAAACUUUGGAAGAUGAGAGAGAAUUACUGGAAGAGAUGUAUGAGGAUCAACUGGAAAACCUAAAGGAAUCCCUUACAAACUAUUACAAGCAGGAGCUGGAGGAAAGAGAUCAACGAAUUCAGGAACUGGAGGAUGCUCUGGAAGAGGCUUCUAACAGUGUAGCUUCUAAUCCAUUAGAUGCCAGUAUAAGCAACAGAGACAGUGCUCCCCUUCGUAGGUCUAAGCGUUUAGCAACAAAUGAAGCAUCUGACUUUACCAGACUUAAACAGGAAAUUGUGGAUUUGAAAGAUGAAUUACGUUUAAAGAAUGAAGAAAUAGGACGACUUAAGUCAAUUCAAGAGCCACCCUCCUCUGCCAGAUCAUUCACAGCUGAUGUAGAUCGUAAGAUUCAGGAUGGUCAAAAGCAGUCUUUUCUGGGCUCUCAUCCCAAGUGCACAGAUUUUCAGCACACAAGAGCUCUUUGGAACAUCAGACUGUUGCGCACAGAAAUUCAGAAGUUUGGAGCCUCCCUACAUCAAGCGGAUAGAGCAUGCUGCCAUACGACUGGAGCCGAGAAGCUGCGGCAGGCUCUGGCUGGCUGUGAUGACAUCUUGUCUAAACAGGAAAAGACUUUAGCAGAACUGCAAAACAACAUGGUGUUGGUGAAGAUGGAUUUGAGGAAGAAGGCAGUUUGCAUUGCCGAGCAGUACAAAACUGUGCAAAGACUACAAGGAACCCCCUCUGGUCUAAAACGUGUGUGCAACAACGAGAAUAUACAGCCUCCACAAUAUUCAGAAAAGAGACCUUUUCUCCGCAACCUCUUGUCCAGGACUCCUGGACAAAAAGCACUAAUGGAGAACACCCCUUAUAGUCGGGUGCUGCGAGCUCGCCGAUCCCCUGUACUAAAAAGUGUUGCAUUUGGUACCAAAUAUUGAGUUUUGUUUGCUGCUAAUGGACUCUUACAGAGCAUUUUAUUGCUGCUAGUAGGUGGCAGGAACUGUGUAUUACAUUCAUAUAUCAAUAGGCUAUAUACUCUAUAGUAAAGGGACUGGUAUAUGUGUGUGUUAGACUUACAGUAAUUGUUUGUGUAUGACUGCUUGCAGUACCAUUAUAUAUUUCAGACAAUGUAUUUGCUGCCCCUGUUUUUACAAAUGGCAAGUUCAUGCAGAGCAUGUGUUGGGUUUUACCAGGCUUUUAUUUUUAUUACGAUUUUUGAAGCGGUUCACAAGUGCAAUAUCCAUCAUGUAGUGUUUGAGCUGUUGCAAAUAAAUCACUUGUA